UUGGAGUACGUUACUGAUUACUUUGGCUUCGGUACCUGAAAGAAGCACGUUCUUUUCUGUUAACUCAAAUAAUACCGCAUGGAUCGGCUAUAAUACAUUUUAAACGAGUCUUUGAAACGGAAAAAUCCAUAGGCUAAUCCUUCGAGCCUUUUCCUGAGUCAGUGCCAACUCACGGGGAGGUGCAGGUUGUGCUAAGUCUGUGCUGUUCCAGUCAGUUUCAUCUUCGUCAAUGUCAUCUACAUCCAUGUUUAUUCCUAAAAACUUGACCUCUGUGAGCGGCCACACUGUCUAUACAAGCAUGCUAAAGAGGAACGGGCAAUGUUUGACUCACUAUACGAGUCAUCGGUAACAGUAGCAGGACUAAAAAGAAAUCCUUCUACUGCCAUCGAUGUAUGUUCUGUAAGAAAGGAGGACAGGGACACCUGCCUGUUGGAGUUGGAGAGGAUCAACAAAGAAAUUGAAACGGUUAAAAGUGAGGUAGAGAAGGAACAAAAAAGACUGUCUAAGUAUCAAACAGUCGAGGUGGAAAGUACCAGCAUAGGAUCAAGGGAAGUGUCUAUUUACAAACCUGAAAGUGAAGGUAAAGAUUUUAAUGGAAACCGACAACGUUUGCCUGUUAAACAACACAGUCCUUUGGUGAAGUACGUAGUCGACAACUCCAAACCUAGAACCGAUUUGGAAUAUGAUCCUUUGUCCAACUUCUCUGCUGACUUGCGUUCCGGCAGCUCAGUUGAGUACAAACUCAAGCCUAGUAAGGAACAGAAGGUAAAAAGUAGACAGGGUGUGAAAAGAAUUCGGGAAACGGUGUGUGGUGCUCAAGAGACGUUUCCGUCAUUUGGGUUAGUUGACGAAUCGGAAGAAGAGGGGGUCCUCAUCAUUGAUGUCCCCCCCUCCCCUGACAGGAAGAGGCCUCGAGCUCCAAAGCUCCAGAACGCCCCUGCAGAGACAGAACAGGAAGUUUCAGAGGGAGUUCCCGAAGGCAGGUCUGUUCCAACUGUAGCUGGCGUUCCUUCCCCUCCUCCAACAGCCUCCCAGGUAGCCAUGGUGAAGCCCCAGACUGUGGUGUCCGAGGCAGAAGAGGUGGUGAGCAUAGACAGCACUGGACACCUGUCUAGUUUCUCCGCUUACCAGAGUAACAAGAGUGAAGUCAAUGUCGUGACUGUAUUUGAUGAUUUAUCCAGAUGUCUGGAAGACCUUAGGAGUGAAAGUGAUAGGAUAGUUAGAUAUCAAGAGCCUUUGUCCAAAGUGGUGAGGACCUGUAGCACCGAAGCUGACCGGCCCAAUACAGAGUUUUUCACACAGAUGCAUAACUAUGAAGACACACCUGUGAGAGAAUGUCAGACUUCCCUAAUGGCAGAGUCCGGCUUGCUUGAAAGUGAGCUAUCCUCCAUCGAUGCUCAUUGCCCACCUUUCUCUCUGUCCUACCAACUCCCCACAGAAAAACAGUCAUGUGACCUGCACCAGUCUUAUCAGAGCAUGGCUCAAAGCUACUGGUCACCCCCCCAAAAUCUAUCACAGCCAUGUAACCAGAACAUUCUACAACAACAACAACCCAUGAUGGAAUUUGCAUCUGCUUUCUAUCCUAUAAACUGUAUGGAGCAAGCUGCCUCCACUGCGGGGGUCACCCCAUGCCAGCCUUGCCAACCCCUCCAGGUGCCCUCCACAUCUCAGCCCCAUACAGCUGUUGGAGCAGCCUGCCCUGCUGCAGCUCUGUGUGGGCAGGAUGUGCUGGAGCCUGGGCUGGAGCUUGGAGGGCUCCAACGGCUCGACGGCGUCAAGUCGAGUUCGGAGGAGGAGGAGGAGCUCAACUAUUCAGACGUGGAGUUGUCUGACAGCGACCCUAUGGAGGAAUGCUACCGUAUCUUCAUGGAAGCUAACAAGGAGGAGGAGAAGGCUCCCGUGUCCGUUCCUGAUUCACGGGUGGGGAGCGUGGAUGCAGAGUUGACUGUGAAGCCCAAAGCUUUGCCAGCCCAGAGGAAGAGGGUGGCCCAUGUGUCCAAGCUCCCUGAGCCAGUGGCGAAGAGUAAACCCCAGGUGAUAGUUCCUCUGCAGGGGCCAUCAGCAUCUGCCCACGCCCCCCUCUCCAAGAUCCAGCAGCUGCAACAGAAAGCCUCCAUGCUGACUGCAGUCCUGAAAGGUGGCCAGGCCUUCAUCUCCUCUUCCUCUUCCUCCUCCACUCAGAGGAAGGUGUUGACACUCUUACCUCCCCAUACUCACUCCCCUUCAAAUCACCCCACGCCUGUGCAAAAUGCUUGUAUGAAGGUCAUACCGUUGGGUCACGCCAUCAAGGUGGGCAACAACCUCCACUUCAUCCUACCAGAGGGUAGCUAUGCUCUGCCCUCCUCCAUCUCCACCACAGGAACCCAGAUUGUCAACCCAGCAGCUCAAAUAGUCAGCCCGUUCGUUCCAGUAACUGGCCAAAUGAGUUCGGUUGCUACUGCUGUAACCCCAGUGUUCAGGUCGGCCCUCCCAGCCACCAUACCAAUAACACCAGCAGCACCCCCCUCGGUGUCACAUCUACCUGUGCCCCCUCAACCUGUCACUUAUAUCCCUGCAAGGCCCAUUUCCUCCAAGCGGAAAGCCAAGCUCCGUCCUGAGGUCAACGUGAAAGUCCCUCACGACGUACGCCAGCGUUACGUCAAUCUGUUUGUGGAGGAGUUCCUUAAAACGUCCGGCACUGUGCAGGAGGCCUUUGAAAAGGCUCUGGCUGAGGAGAAGACGGUUUAUGACCGCAGCGUCAACAAACUCAAGUAUCUGAGUGUUGCUGUCAACGCACUGAAGAGGCUAAAGAACCAAAGUACAACCACAGCCAAAGUUGAACUGGAGACCAGGGACCAGAUGCCCAGAGGGAAGAUUCCACUCAUGGUCAAAGCCCUGAGGGGAAAGGCUGAUUCUCAGUUGUAUGAGAGUUUGAAGGAGCACCUUCUGUCAGAUGAAUCCCUGACGGAGAACAACUACCCUCUGCAGCACCCAGAGCAGCCAGGCACUGCUAUACUGUUUUCAGACAGCAAGAAGGGACCGACCGAUCCCCUGAAAAGGAUCUGCUGUCGUUGUGGUGCCACGUACUCCGUGGGUCAAACAGGAAAGCCCAGUCGUAGGGAGGAGUGCACCUACCACUAUGGGAAAGGUGUUGAAAACAAAGUUCCAGGUGGCGUGGAGACGCGUUACAGCUGCUGUGAGGGCGUGGUUGGAGCACCCGGGUGUCAGGUCUUCAAGCUGCACGUCCACGACGCAAUGAACCUGGAUGGCUUUGUGGGGACCGGCUUGGCCCAGGAGGACACCUGCCCAGGUGUCUACGCUGUCGACACCGAGAUGUGCUACACCACCCACGGCUUGGAGCUGGUUAGAGUGACUGUGGUCAACUCGGACCUGAAGGUCAUCUACGACACCUUUGUCAAACCUGACCACGAGGUCAUCGACUACAACACCAGGUUUUCGGGUGUGGGUGAGGGUGACGUGGCAGAUGCCUGCCCCUCCAUCCGGGACGUGCAGGAGACUCUGCUGGGGUUCGUCAGCUCAGACACCAUCCUGAUAGGUCACAGCCUGGAGACGGACCUCCGUGCUCUGAAGCUGCUCCAUGGGACGGUGGUGGACACGUCUGUGGUCUUCCCUCACCGUCUGGGCCUGCCUCACAAACUGAGCCUGCACAGUCUGACCACGGACUACCUGAGGAGGAUCAUUCAAGAGAGUGUGGGCGGACAUGACACUGCGGACGAUGCCUCUGCCUGCAUGGAGCUCAUGCUCUGGAAGGUCCGGGAAGACGGCAAAGCCAAGAGAUGGUGA